GCGCCUUUUCAGAAGACAUCGCUACAAGUCGUUCAUCAUGCCUCGGAUUAACAUCAAAGGGGGUGUUUGGAGGAACACUGAGGUAAAAUUUCGGAUAUUAAGUUACUUUUAAGGAUGAAAUUCUUAAAGCUGCUGUUAUGAAAUAUGGCAAGAAUCAGUGGGCACGGAUAGCUUCUUUGCUACACCGCAAAGCCGCUAAGCAGUGUAAAGCUAGGUGGUACGAAUGGCUUGAUCCCAGUGUCAAGAAAACAGAGUGGAGCCGUGAAGAAGAUGAAAAGUUACUACACCUUGCAAAGCUUAUGCCAACUCAAUGGCGAACAAUUGCUCCGAUAGUUGGAAGGACUGCAAACCAAUGUUUGGAACGCUAUGAAUAUCUUUUGGACAAAGCACAAAACAGAGAAGGGUUAUCUGCAGAGGAGGAUCCUAAACGCCUCCGUCCAGGCGAAAUUGAUCCAAAUCCGGAGACUAAACCUGCCCGUCCAGAUCCUGUUGAUAUGGAUGAAGAUGAAUUAGAAAUGCUUUCAGAAGCCAGAGCACGGUUAGCCAAUACACAGGUCGGUUGCUUUCGAUGUAUUUAUACUUCUUCCGUAGAGUUAUUCUUUUAACUCAUAGAAAUAAGAGGAAUUCGUUUGACUGUCAGGGUUUAUUCUGCUUUUAAUUUUCUAAACUGAAUUUCUCCCAUAAUGUACUACGCUCAUCCACUUAUUUUCGAUCAUUCGGUUAUUUUUUGAUUAUAUUCUCUACCUGUUUACAAUUUCAACCUCUUAUGUUUUUCUUAAUUUUUAAGUAUUUAUUUGUACCAAUAUAUGUUCAAGUAAAUAAAAGAAAACUAGGGUUUUUACGAACUUCUACAUUCGACAUGCUUACAGAGUUCGUCUUGGUUGAGUGUUGGACACUAGUAGUAGAUCAAACUAAGUUAUCCGAACUCAAGUCAGAUAACGAUUACUUUAUUAUCUUUCAGUAUUUGCAAAUAAUUUAUUGUCUGAUUCUCUGAAAGUGAUAUUAGCCAUGCGGUUUUACUUUUCAGCCUGCCAUUUCACUUGUAUUAAUCUGUUUCUAAUUGUUUCAACACAAAUCCAUUAAGUCUAUCCGAGCAUCCUCUUAUUAUGCUUGCCAUCCUGCCAUCCAUGUUAAUCGCUUCUAGUGAUGAAACCUCUGUACCUCCAUACUUUCCUCGUGUUUGCAUGCCAAUGGACUAAAAGUUGGGGCUAUUAGGGUGAUUCUCAUUCUUUGAAAGUGCUCUCAUGUCCAGUUCUGUAAAAUCAAUUGUUCUUGUGUAUGCUGGUUUCGAUUAUUCGUUUUCUUUAAAAUCAAAUUCAUGUCUGAAAAUCCUUUCACAUCUGUUUUUUUAUACACUUUACAUUUGAAAGACGUAAAAAAUUUUAUUUGCAUGGCUCAUAUCUAACUCUUCGUUUACUUUUCUUUGUGAUCUUAGGGUAAAAAAGCAAAGCGUAAAGCUAGAGAGCGUCAGCUCGAGAUUGCACGAAGAAUGGCUAUGAUGCAAAAACGUCGGGAACUUCGAGCAGCUGGUCUAGGAACAUUCUUAGGGUUAGCACCGAAAACGAAGCCAUGCAUGGAUUAUAAUUCCGAAAUUCCAUUUGAGAAGCAACCUCCUAAAGGGUUUUAUGAUACUAGUAGGGAAAAACCAGAAAUCAAACCUAUGGACUUUCAACGUUUAAGACUUUCAGAUAUCGAAAAAGAAAGUUUCAUGGAAAGGGAGAAGCGUGAGCGUAAAAAGGAUGCUGAACGUCAGGCUAAACGUAUGCAAUCUGAUUUACCUGGAGUUAUUUUGCAACGUGGGAAUUCUUUGGAUGAGCCACUGUUGAAACGAUCUAAACUUGUACUUCCUGCUCCUCAAGUAUCUGACCUGGAAUUGGAAAAUUUAAUCAAAGUCGGUCAAGCCGGUGAAAAUGCUGUAAGAAUGGCUAUUGAAGAUGCUGAUGGUGAAUUGGGCUCUGCAACACAUCCUCUUUUACCGGAAUAUCCUACCGGUAGUUUUGCAACACCUGCGUUAAAUCUUCAACGCACUCCAAUGGCUGUGAUAGAUUCUGUGACUAGAGAAGCACAAAAUAUUUUAGCUUUGCAACAAGUUCAAACUCCUCUUAAAGGUGGUGAAAAUACUCCAUUAGUUGGUGAAUCUGAUUUUUCUGGUACAACGCCUCGUUUACCAAAUACUCUAGCAACUCCGAAUGUUUUACUUCCUAGUCAAAUAAUUGGUGCUACUCCAUUUCGUACACCGAACAGCAACAUUGAAAAUGGCACUCCAAAUCUUCUCAUGGGUGGUGAUGCUAAUAAUACACCUGGUCCAUUAAGAAAAGGUGAACAAAAUUAUGGUCCCCCAGUGUCAAAUACACCACUAAGAAAUCGUUUGAAUAUAAAUCCAAUCGAUGGAAAUAAUUUAGAUGGUCUUAAUAAUAUUAGUAACAAUAAUCAUUCCGAAGGUAUGGUAGACUAUUAUGACCAAAAUGGUGUAAAAGCAAAUCUACGCAAAAGUUUAGCUAAUCUACCAACACCGAAGAAUAAUUUCGAAAUAUUUCUCCCUGAUGAAACUAAACCUAACGGUGAUGAUGCUGAUGAUAAUGACGUUGAAGGUGUUAACGUAGAUAUGGAUCAAUUGGAAGAGGAGAGGGGAACUGCUUCAAGAAUUCCAGAUCAGUCAGAUUUAGAUAGACAAUCUGAAAGAGAACGUGCUAAAGCCGCUGAAUUGGAAUGGUCUAAACGAAGUCAAGUUGUUAGACGAUCUUUACCUAGACCAUCAGCUGUGAACCAUACGAUUUUGCGUAAUAUUCCAGGUUCAGUUAACCAACUAUCUCAACAAGAUGCGAAUAUGACAGAUUUACAAAAGGCUGAAGAGUUGAUUAAACAAGAAAUGGUAACAAUGAUGCAUUAUGAUAAUUUAAACAACCCACCACCAAAUCAAUUGUUGGAUGCAGCUAAGCAAACUACUGGUCCAAGUGGUGGCAGUGGUGUUGCUCCAGCUAGUCAACAGCGACGUUAUUUACAACAGAUAAAAGCUACACAUGAAAGUUUUUUGAAAGAUUGUCCAUAUGAACAGUUUGUUCCGGAUGAUUUGAAAAUGGCGGAAAAUUUAUUGGAAGAGGAGAUGCAUGUCGUUCGAAAUGGUAUGGGACAUGGUGAAUUAUCAGCUGAAGCAUAUGCUAAAGUUUGGCAUGAGUGUUUAAGCCAAGUUUUAUAUUUGCCAGCACAUAGGCGUUAUACACGAGCUAACUUAGUAACAAAACGUGAUCGGAUUGAAUCACACGAGAAACGAUUGGAUCAACUUCGUCAUCUUAUGGCUGAAGAAGCUAAACGAGCAGCAAAACUGGAGAAGAAACUCAGGAUACUGUUAGGUGGAUAUCAGUCACGUGCACAAACCUUAAUGAAAGCCAUUGAAGAAAGUGUCGAUCAAAUUGAACAAAGUCAAAUGGAAUUAACCACAUAUGAACGACUUCACGAGCAAGAGUUAUGCGCUAUCGCUAGACGUUCUGAUGUUUUGGAAGCUGAUGUUGAACGUCAACAAAAACGAAAUGCUGAUCUUCAACGAGAGUAUGGUAGAUUAAUUCGUAUUCGUGAAGAACGUGAAGCAGACGCUUUCUUAGCUAGUAAUAUGGAUUUGAUUAGUAAUGGUGGUGGUGGUGGUGGUGGUAACGAUGAUGGUGACACAUCAAUAUCGGUCACCGCUAGUGGUGAUGUUACAUCUGUUUCAACGGAUAUACAUAAUCAAUCUAAUACUGAAUCAUCACAAGGACAAAAACAAACAAUGAUAUAUGGAAAUAAGAAUAUAGUAUCAGGCAAGUGGAUUGCUGUGACACAGAUUGAAAAUAUAGAAGAUCCUGAUCAAUCGAUGUUAUCCAAUGGAGAGAUUCCUACACAGUCUCUUCAUGAUUCCAAUCAUUUCGAACAUGAUAAUAAUGAUAAUCAUCUUCACUAUACUACUGAUGAAAAUGUCAUUGUGUCUCCUUCAAAUAACAAUGAGAAAACAUCGCCUAAUGAUACAGAAUCAUUGAAUAAUAUCAUGAUAGAAUCAACAGUAAAGCAACAAACUAUUAGUUCACAUUAAAAUGUUAUUUUAUCUAAUUUCCAUGUAUACAGAAUUGUUUUUGCCUACCUUCCCCCCUCUCUCUUUUUCUCUAUCUCUCCCCCCUCAAUCUGAUUUUCAUGCUUCCCAAGUGUGUGUGUGUGUGUGUUUAAAAAAAACAUCUUGGUCCUAUUCAUUUUUUUUUAUUUCCCUUCUUUUUGUGUAUGAAGACUUCAGAAUUUUCUAUACAUUAUGCAAAGUAUAAACUAACUAGCUAACGGCAAUUUGUUCACUGUUUUCUUUAUAAAUUAGUGAAUUAUGUAUUUAUGCUUGUAUUGAAAAAAAAACUAUAAAAGAAACAUUUUGUUUCACACCAUUAUAUCUAUUACUUUCUCUUUCUCUCUCUCUCUGUCUCUGCUAUUCACUUAAGUGUGUUUGUAAAGAAUAGUAAUAAGAAUAAUAAACAUCGUAAUGAUUAUAAUUAUCACUAUUAUUACAGUUAUGUAAUCUAUGCAUAAAUUCUAUUAUUG